AUGCGGCUUGCACUCAAACAACUUUCUUUUCAAACUACACCGAUGACUCGACGGUCUUCAGAUACUUCUGGCUCACUUGCCAGUUCUGUGGAGUCGUCUUUGAGAGUCGAACCGUUGCAGUUUCAAGAAAAUGAACGAGAGGGUCCAUUCAACGUUUACGAAGACGGAGAUGAGACCGGUGUUUACACUUCCGAAGAUAAGAAGCCAACCCCUUCAUAUUACCAUAAGCUUCUCAAUAGGGCCAAACCUGAGUAUAUCACCAAGCAUUUGGAUUAUGCACUGUUCAAAGUGGUGUUUCGAACCUGGGUACAGAUAUGGUCGUCGGUGAUAAUCUGCGUUGUUCCUCGGUCUCGUACUUGGGUUGGUCCUGCUGCAUACUUAUUUCAAAUCAUAGGGUUCAUUGCUGUCUCUGGAGGCACCUCUAUGGUAUUCAAUCUCGCAAUGUCUUUUAUGUGUAUGGUUUAUAUCCUCAUUGGAUGGCUCCAUAGCAUUAUUGCUUUGGCGAUAUCAGUCAAGCUUAGAGGCAAUACUUCACCACAAGAAUAUGCUGAGAGUCUUAUCAGAGAAGGUAUUUGUACUAUGGAAAACUUGGAAGCUUGCACGGCUGCCGAUAUCUACUCUGGUCGUCAUUUACAAACGAGAUGUACGGUGAUAUUUAUCUUUGCCAUAUUAUCGUCUAUGAUAAUUUUUGGCCUUUCGCUGAGAAUACACCCAACUUUUCGUCAAGGUAUGAUAUGUGGUAUCAUCGCUAUGCUUAUCAACGUAUGUUAUGACGUCUUUUAUCCAGUUUUCCUUCCACUUCAAGUGGGUCUAGCAGUAUUGAAACCAAUGGGACUUGCCCUUGCUUUAAAAGUGGUAUGUCUGAUGGUUGUGUUUCCAACCACGUCAAAUUUCCGCUAUGUUGAUGGAGUAUUGAAGCAUUUGAAAGCGCUCGAAAAGGCUUGCAAAGGCAACUCUCGGUUCUUGUCCUCGUGCAAACCAUCAGAACCAAAUUUCGGUAAUUAUAAAAAGUUUGCCCGUGAUAUUGUUGGGAUCCGACUGAAGCUACCUCUACUUGACUUGGACGCUCUUCUUUCAAAGUACGAAAUAACGUUUGGUCGAUUUGAUGCUGGUUCCAUCGGUGAAAUGCGUUCAAGUCUACGGAACGUAAUCAGUUUCAGUUCCAGUUUUGAACAGUACUAUCAGAUGUUUGAAGAAAGGGUCGAUUUGGCUAACAACAACAUCCGAGGAUUAUCAAGGAGAAGGAGUUCAGUGGGGUCUAGCAAAUUUGAAGAUGAUGGCCAUUCUAAGCUCUUUGCUACCGUUCACGAACACUACCGAGUAGUGGGGGAAUAUGAGGACAAGAAGCGAAUCAACUUACUUCGCAAGAGAAUAUGUAAUGUUGACCCACAAGAUAGGGUGACUUUGCUCGAUAUCGUUCAUAUCUCAGAGCUUAGUUCCACACUCUUCACACGAUUUCUCGAGACAAACACAAAAUCAAUUGCGGACAUUAUAAAAUGGAUUGAAGCUGCUAACCAAUUCAGAAUUUAUUCGCUUUUACCAAAGAAAUGGGAACUUCACAAGGAAAAGCAAAAGGAAAUGAAUGAAGUUUUGGUGGAAACCAGACAAACACUAUUAGUUGCCAUCAAAGAAUUGGGUUCAACUGACAAACUAAUUGCUGCUGUGAAAGAAUUUUCAAAAAAUGAAGAAGUGUUGUUGAGCUUGAUAACUCACACUUGCCUCUUGUUGUACGUGACAAAGCAACAAACCGAAUCGAUCUUACGCUUGGUAGAUCUCCUCCUUUCUAUCGAUGAAUCGACUCCUACUCCAAAAAUCUUCACCUUCUUCGGUAAGUCCAAGCGAGACAAACCUAGAGUCAGGUCACAUUUGAAUAUGGAUGAGAGUCCUGAUGACAUUUCAACUCCAAAUAUAGACACCGGCGUUCAGCGUCGUAACCCUGAUGCGUUAGCUCCAACAUCCAUUUUUCAUUACUUUGGUUCGAAGACUAUCAAGAUCUAUAAACUUCUUAUGAACAAGCAUUUGUGGUUUUGGAUACGAUCUGGAGUCUUAACCUGCGUUUGUGCUACCCCUUUCUUCUGUCGAACAACGGCUAGUUGGUAUCAUGGUAAUCGUUUGGUGUGGAUUGUCAUUAUGUGUGGAGUGUCGACUUCAGAAUACACUGGGGAAACAAUCUAUGUGUUUUACUGCAAGGUUGUGUACUCCUUCUUUGGCUGCUUGUUAGGCAUGGUUAUGUGGUACAUCUCCACUGGAAAUGGAAGAGGAAACUAUUAUGGUUAUAGUGCCGUCACUGCCGUUGGAUACUUGUAUCUCACCUACUAUCGUCAUUUCUCUUCCCACCGAGCAUUAGUACCAGCGAUUUUGUUUGCGGUGACUUGUUCCUUGGUAAUGGGAACAAGUUGGGUCGACGGACAAUAUAACCAUCUAGCAAAUGUUGGCUAUGGUUUCCAUGUCGCAUGGUUGAGAUUUAUUAGUGUCAUCAUCGGAUUAUGUGUUGGAUUCCUUGCCAGUAUCAUUCCCAAGCCAUCUACAAGUAAAGUUGCAAUUCGCAAAAUUCUUGCAAAGGUUUUAAGUGAAUCUGCUAAUCUCCAUUGCGCUGUCUCCAAUUUUGCAUUGAAUCGUGUCGAGAACUCCCAGGUGCAUUUGUUGGACCGCCAUGAUCUAACCGUGGAGAAAUUUCGAUCCGUAUUGAUAAUCUUGGCCGGUAUUUCCCAUUUAAUGACACCCAUUCAAUUUGAGGUUCCAUUGACGGGAAUCUGGCCAGAAAAACUCUACAAGAGAUUACAGAAUGCAGUGACUGAUAUUAUCCAGCUAUAUUUCAUUUUAUUGUCCAUAUUCAACAGGGUAGAAGAUCCUGCUACAUGGAUUCCUCAUAUGCUCCGAAGAAUAGGCUGGACUGACACCGAACUAUGUGCUGAUUUGUUUGCUGUGGCACAUAUGACUUCUGGCUCCUUGAGCAGUAAGCGAGAAUUGCCCAAGUUUACCAGAGCAAAUAUCUCGUUGAAACAUCUUGACUUGCUUCGUUCCCAGUGGGGAAUCACUCGAUUUUCACUUAACGAAAGGUUUUACUCAGAGGAGAAAGAGAAGGAAAAUGAAGGUGAUUCUGAUGUAUUGCAUGAUUCAUUGAUGGAAAACAUAGACUUCAAUGCACUCUUCAGUGCAGAUGGUCAACUUGACAUUGUGGCGCUUAUAAUUGGACACUUGAUUUACAAGCGGUUUGAUGAGGUGAUGUUAAUCGUCAAGCAAUUAGUUGGCGAGAAAUAUGAUAUGCAUGAGUCAAUCUUUGACGUUGCCGACGACGAGAAUGAUUCGCUUCUCAGAAACCUGAACUAA